AUGGGUCAAAUAGAAUUCCCUUUGCGGCUAGAGAUUGCAAAAGAAUACGACAAAUCGGCUAUCCAAUUCCUGGUGAAUGGAAUUCGAGAGUUCCCGAGAUCAUUUGCAAAAAGCCAGAAAACGCUUUUCAUUCAUCCCGAUGUUAAUGUAUUGAAGCCUCCGGCGCCCAUUCGAGAUAUUCACUGGCUCUGCAAACUACAGUUACAAGCCGAGGAAGCAAAGCGCUCAAGAGAUCUAUGUCCCCUUCUACGAAGGAAAUUGGCAGAGUAUACGCGGCAUCUUUCACACGCCUUGGGGAUUGAAGAGCUUCUGGGAUAUUCUCAGGCCUUGAUUCUUACCCAGUGUAUUCUUGCUUUAAAUGAGGACGUUCCGGAUGAGUACUUCGAGGGAACGAGCGCGUUGCUUGAAUCGGUUGCCGAGCGAUUGUGGCAGCAGGCUCCUAUUCAGCUUCCUUCAUCGCUCAGCCCUCGACACGCCUGGUUACUGGCCGAGAGUGUCCGCCGUACCAUCAUUGUCAGUUUGAUGCUUCGCAGUGCGUAUUCCUUGCACACUAGGAACUACUCUGUUCGGACGCCAUUUGUGGAUGCACUGCCAUUCGACGUGCAUACAGAGCUGUGGGAUAAUGGCUCUCAGCACGCAUGGACAAAAGCAGAUACUGGAUCUCACGGUGCAUUGAUGUCAUUGCAUGAAUACUCCGAUGCUCUAGAACACGGUCGAGUCUAUGAUGUAUCUCCAUUUGCUGCAUUGAUCCUGGCAGCCUGCAAAGGAAAAGAAGUAUCGGCCAUAACAUUUCCACCGGCAAACUCAUAUAUCAUGACAUGA